AUGGCUGCGUUUUCAUUCUCUCGCAUUGGCCGAUCUAUGAGGGGCAUAUUGGUCCCUACAGCCGCUAUCAUUGGCUUCUCAUGCCUCCUGACAUACUUCUUCGUAUUAUAUCAGCCUACCGACGGUCCUGGCAUUGCCCAGCGUCUAGGCUGGCAAGCUUGGGAUGCGGUUGCCACCACCGACUACUUCGAUAAGGGACCUUCUACGCCGCCAGUCACCGGUGACCCAGAGGAGGCACAGCCAAUUCCGGGCAACGAUGACGAGACAGACUGGUGGGAUUCCUCAUCCAAUCAGCCCUGGGAUACUACCGAUGAUAUAGAGAGUUAUCCUCUUGACGUUUGGGCUCCGCUCUUACCUCACGAUACUGGCCUGUCUGAAAUUGCCAUCACGCGUUGCAUGAUGCCACCAGAUCUCGUCGGGAACCUUUGCGCACCCAGCACGACCAUCGAGCAGGACGCCAUCAAAGGUAAUUGGGUUAGAGUGGAACGGGAUCUUAACAAGCAAGCUGGUCUCUGGACUCUGAAUAUCUACUACAGGCGGACGCGCCGCCUUGAUAUACCUCUCAUUACCGACUUGCGCCUCCUUCCUGCCAAUGUCAUUCCCGAACCUCUCACGGACCCUUGGGUAAGAGUUGAUCACUCCAUCCGUGACGGCGUUAUGCGUGCGGAACCACUGUACCUGUGGUACCUCCCGGGCAAAACGAUGAGCGACAUGACUUCGGAAGACAAGGCCAAUCUCAUUACCGAAGUCGACGUACUCUUCGGGGAGGACCGACCUUGGUACGGAUUUGAGAAAUUAGAGCCUCCCGUAACCCCAGAGAAGGAGGGGCAACUAGAGAGUGUGUAUGUGACAUACCGCCGCGGCGUUAAGUCGGUCCCUCGCGCACAUCCUUUACACUUCUCACGAGACGGAAAAUUCAAGAUUUUGCAGGUCGCAGACCUGCACUUCUCCGUUUCCAGAGGCGUAUGUCGGGAAACUGACAUUGAUCCCUGCGUCAACUCCGAUAAUCUCACCAACACGCUCCUCGCACACGUGCUGGACGAAGAAAAGCCAGACCUUAUCGUCUUCUCCGGCGACCAGCUCAACGGGCAAGGAACAUCUUGGGAUCCCAAAUCCGUCCUGGCAAAGUUUGCUGUAGCAGCUACAGAUCGCAAGAUACCUUGGGCAGCUAUAUUCGGCAAUCAUGACGAGGAGAACGGUGAUGUGAAGCAGGAGCAGGUGCGUAUGAUGAAGGCCCUCCCCUACUCCAUGGUGCAGAGGGGUCCGAAAGAUAUUCACGGUGUUGGGAACUACGUUCUGAACGUGAAGAGUGCUGAUGCCUCCAUGACAUCGCUGCUGACGCUGUACUUUCUUGACUCUGGAUCCUACUCGAGCGGUUACUUAGAUUGGUUAGGUUACUUCUUCCCAACGGAGUACGACUGGAUACACGAGGACCAAAUUAACUGGUUUUUGCAAGAAUCAUCCAAGAUACAGCCCAUAGAACGUCCGUUCACACCGGACACCGGCAAGGAUUUUGGUUCCAUAUGGACCAGACAGUCCGAUCAGAUCACGCCCACGACGCGCAAAUUAGCCAAGCCCAAUGCUAUGAUGUUCUUCCACAUUCCUCUGCAAGAGUCAUUCAGUACAGCGGACACGGACACGCGUACUGGCCAGCUGCUGGACAUCGGUCUGCACGAUCUGGAAGAACCCGGUUUUGCGAAGAAGAAUGAUGGAAUGUUCGACAAGGGUUUGAAGAAAGCACUGGAGAGUGGUCAUGUUACAGGUGGAGGCAUACCCGAAGUGAAGGUGGUCGCAAAUGGACACUGCCACAUCACGGAGGAUUGCAAACGUAUCAAGGAUAUAUGGAUGUGCUUUGGAGGCGGAGGGUCGUAUUCUGGGUACGGACAGGUUGGGUUUGACCGGCGGUUCCGCAUGUACGAGAUCUCAGAUUAUGGAGAGACCAUCCGGACGUACAAGCGCACAGAGAAGGACGAGAUCCUCAACGACUACAUUCUAGCUGGACCAAGGGCUCCACUAUUCAACCCGCAGUCGUAG